AUGAGAUAAAACUACCUCGAGCACUUUGCAGGCGACAUAAAUCUCGCACCUUGCAUUCGUAUUCCCAUUAUCCUGGUAACUGGGGCCAUGUCUUUUCGGGUUCUCGCACUCUCUGCAGUUAUCUGCUGUGCCCUGGCACGGAGAGUGCCCAGGCCGCAGUUAGACGAACAUUGGGAAAUCUACAAGGACAUCCACAACAAGAAAUAUGUCCCGGAAGAAGAGCACGUCCGAAGACUCAUCUGGGAAGAAAAUUUGGACUUCAUCCAGAGGCACAAUCUAGAGUAUGACCUGCGGCUUCGGACGCACACGGUGGCGGUGAACAGUUUUGCUGAUUUGACAUCGGAGGAGUACCGCCAGUUUUACCUCGGCUAUCGUUCCAACGAGAGAGAGAAGACCGCACUGGUUGGUCACAACGAAGUUUCAUUGGACGACGUUCCGAAGGAGGUCGAUUGGCGUAAAAAAGGCUAUGUCACUCCCGUAAAAAAUCAGGGUCAGUGUGGUUCCUGUUGGGCAUUCUCAGCGACUGGAUCUCUGGAAGGGCAGCACUUCCGGAAGACGGGCAACCUUGUCUCUCUCAGCGAGCAGAACCUGGUGGACUGUGAUACGUCAUCAUUAGGAUGCGAAGGAGGAUCGAUGGACAAUGCUUUUGAAUACGUCAAACGCAAUGAUGGUAUCGACACGGAAGAAUCCUACCCUUACACGGCUCGUGACGGAAGUUGCAAGUACAAUCCAAGCACUGAAGGAGCUACUGUUACUGGAUAUGAUGACGUCGAAUCGGGCAGUGAAGAUGCUCUAAAGAGUGCCGUGGGCACAGUGGGACCUGUCUCUGUUGCUAUCGAUGCCUCUCAUAAGUCCUUCCGAUUCUACCAGAGCGGCGUCUACGACGAGCCUAACUGCAGCACUAAAGAUCUCGACCAUGGGGUCCUUGUGGUUGGCUAUGGUUCUGGACUCAAUGGCGACUACUGGAUAGUCAAGAACAGCUGGGGAGAAUCCUGGGGAGACAAGGGCUACAUUUUCAUGAGCAGGAACCGAGACAACCAAUGCGGCAUUGCAAGCGAAGCAUCUUACCCUGUUGUUUAGUGAAAUAAAUGCUGGCUAUGUAGUAAGA